AUGAGUGAGAGGAAAUCAGUUGGAAAAAAAUACGAAUAUCAAACACAUGAUAAAUUGGGAUCAGGAGCAUUUGCAGAAGUUUUUUUUGGGAAAAACAAAUUAACUCAAGAAGCUGUGGCAAUCAAAGUUAUCAAGAGAGCUGUCUUGGCUAAAUAUGGCGAUGAGAUUUUGUAAUAAAUACAUUAGGAAGUGGAAAUAUUACAGGAAUUAGUAGAGGCUUCUAAAACUGAUGCUUGCCCAUUUAUCAAUAGAAUAUAUGAAUGCUUGGAGACAACAAAUAAUAUUUAUAUAGUGUUAGAAUUUUGCAAUUAAGGAACAUUACUUGAUCAAAUUAAAAAAGUAAAGAAGCUCGAAGAAGAUGAAGCAUUAUUCAUUUUGUUUUAAUUAUUAUAGGCACUUGCAUUAUUAGCAAAAAAUAACAUAGCUCAUAGAGAUAUUAAACCAGAAAAUGUUUUCAUAAAAGAUGGAGUUUACAAGUUAGGAGAUUUUGGAUUUGCUGGAUAAAAAUCAAUGUAUUAGACUCAUUUGGGAACUUUUCCAUAUAUGGCUCCAGAAUUUUUCACAAGUGAUUAAUACGACUCAAAAGUGGAUGUCUGGGCAUUGGGAUUGCUAACCCAUGAGAUGCUAUUUGGAGAAAUAUACUUUAUAGGAAAGAGUCAAUUUGAAGUUUAAUAGAAGAUUCUAACUAAGCAAUAUAUUUUGGAAGAUUAAAAAUACACAGUCUCAGAUGGAGUGAAAGAGUUGUUAAAAUCAAUGAUUACCAAAGACCCUAAAUAAAGAACAACAGCAAGAGAUGCACUUAAAGCUAGCGUAUUUGACAAAUUUAGAACUGAUCCAAGAUAUAUAAUAAUAAUGGAAAAUGAGAAACAAUUUAUGAAAUAAUUUGAUGGUGAUACCUCUUAAAAAUCUAGCUAAUAAAUUUAAGUUGAAGAAGAGGAGAGAUAAAGAAGAGAAGAAGAAGAACGAGCGAAAUAAUAAUAGAUGUAAUUAGAUUCUUAGAAGGCUCAAUUAAUAUAAUAAGGCAUCAGAUAGAUAACUGAUGGUAUUAAAGAUAAAUUAAAUGGAAUAUUGUUAAUGGUUUAGUUGUCUGAUUUUUUAAGUCAAAAUCUAAUUGAGAUCUGUCGGUUCGAAAUUUUGUAUAUUCUGAAGUAGUCAGCAAUUCUGAUAAAUUAAUUAAAAGAAAAGUUGAAUGCUAGAAUAGUCUUAGGAAAACAAGAUCAUAUCAGAUUUGAUGUGGAUUCAGAAAUUUGGAAGGUUUUCUAUGAUGAUGCAAGUGUAAAAUUAUUGAUUGAUGAAGUAGAAGGCGAUCGAAAUUAAAUCAGAAAGAAAUAUAUAGAUUACGUAAACUACAUUAAUAAUUUUACAUCUAACAAUUAUAAAGAAAGCCACAAUUACACAGAACAAAUUACAAAUUAAAACUUCACUACAUUAAUUGAACAUCAAUUAUAUAAUGAACAAUUAUAUCAGAAGAUUAAGUUCUUGAAGGAAGACAAAGACAAAGUCAAAGAUUAAAAUAUAAGAAAGAUGAUUAAUAAAUGUUUACUCUGGAUGUAUUCAGCCUAUGAAUACUAAAAACUAUGCUCAGGAUAAUUGAUGGACAUUAUGAAAUUCAUGGAAGCAUUGAAUAAUGAUGAUACUUAGGGAAUGAAAAAUUGUAUAAGUUGGCCAUGAGCACAUAUCAUAUAAAAAUUAAUUGGAUUUAUUAUUAUAACAAA